CGAGCCGCCGUUUAAUUGGGGCUGUCAGGCCGCGGCGCGCGCGGAGGGCCGGGCGGGACGGAGGCCGGGAGGCCGGGGCGGCGGGUACGCAGCUCGGCGGGAGGCGGGCGCCCGGAGACGCGGCUGGGGCCCGCGCGGCCGGGGCGCUGUCCCUGGGCAGGGCUGCCCGGCCCCGGCCCCGGGCCACCCGCACUCCCCAUGAAAAACCAGCUCCGCGGCCCCCCAGCGCGGGCGCACAUGUCGGCCUCCGGGACGUCGGCGACUGGGGACACCGGGGCGGGGUCGGAGCCCGGUGCGGGGUCCGGCGCGGGCACCGGGGCAGGCGCAACGACGGGUGCGGGGGCUAUGCCUUGCAAGAGCGCCGAGUGGCUGCAGGAGGAGCUGGAGGCGCGGGGCGGCGCGUCCCUGCUGCUGCUCGACUGCCGGCCGCACGAGCUCUUCGAGUCGUCGCACAUCGAGACGGCCAUCAACCUGGCCAUCCCGGGCCUCAUGCUGCGCCGCCUGCGCAAGGGCAACCUGCCCAUCCGCUCCAUCAUCCCUAACCACGCCGACAAGGAGCGCUUCGCCACGCGCUGCAAGGCGGCCACCGUGCUGCUCUACGACGAGGCCACGGCCGAGUGGCAACCAGAGCCCGGCGCUCCCGCCUCUGUGCUUGGCCUGCUCCUGCAAAAGCUGCGCGACGACGGCUGCCAGGCCUACUACCUCCAAGGUGGUUUCAACAAGUUCCAGACAGAGUACUCCGAGCACUGCGAGACCAACGUGGACAGCUCGUCCUCGCCCAGCAGCUCGCCGCCCACCUCCGUGCUCGGCCUGGGGGGCCUGCGCAUCAGCUCCGACUGCUCGGACGGCGAGUCCGACCGAGAGCUGCCCAGCAGCGCCACCGAGUCCGACGGCAGCCCCGUGCCGUCCAGCCAGCCGGCCUUCCCCGUCCAGAUCCUGCCCUACCUCUACCUCGGCUGCGCCAAGGACUCCACCAACCUGGACGUGCUGGGCAAGUACGGCAUCAAGUACAUCCUCAACGUCACGCCCAACCUGCCCAACGCCUUCGAGCACGGGGGCGAGUUCACCUACAAGCAGAUCCCCAUCUCUGACCACUGGAGCCAGAACCUCUCCCAGUUCUUCCCCGAGGCCAUCAGCUUCAUCGACGAGGCGCGCUCCAAGAAGUGUGGCGUCCUGGUGCACUGCCUGGCGGGCAUCAGCCGCUCGGUGACCGUCACGGUGGCCUACCUGAUGCAGAAGAUGAACCUGUCGCUCAACGACGCCUACGACUUCGUCAAGAGGAAAAAGUCCAACAUCUCACCCAACUUCAACUUCAUGGGGCAGCUGCUGGACUUCGAGCGGACGCUGGGGCUGAGCAGCCCGUGUGACAACCACACCCCCAGCGAGCAGCUCUACUUCUCCACGCCCACCAACCACAACCUGUUCCCGCUCAACACCCUGGAGUCCACGUGAGGCUGGGGGCGCGGGUGGGCAGGGGGCCGGGCCCUCCGCAGGGAGCCCGAGGAACCCGGCCAUCGCCUGCGCCCCGGGGCCCGGGCCACCGGGCGGCUGGGCCGCCCCACCGUCCUGGGGCGGGCAGAGCCCACAGCUGGCUGCCGCCGUGUGCAGGACCCCGGAGAGGCAGGUCCGGGGCUACGGGGGCCCGGUGGGCUCCCCCCACCCCCAGGGCUCUCCUUCCUGCUGACGCCCGGCCAGUUCGGCGUUUUUUUAAAGACACCCACGGACCCCAGUUUACCUUCCCCUCUUGGCAGGUGAGUCCGAGCUCCCUGGAGCACAGGCGGUGGUCACGGUCUUCUCAGUUUUGUUUUGUUUUUUUUUUUUUAAUGAAAAGUGUUAUUUUCAGGCACCAUGCAACCGUGGAUUGUAUAAACCAGUAUUUCAUCCCUUUCUUGAUCUUGCGAGAGAGAGAGACGUGUUCUCAGUUCUGUUUUUUAAAAAGCAAUUACUGUUGGGGUUUUUUGUUUGUUUGUUUGUUUGUUUCCUUUUUUUAUUGGGAAAGACAGACUCGGUGUUGAUCUUGACCAAAUGCGUUUUGCACACGUGUGAAGCCUCUGUGUCUGCAGCAGGCCCUUUUCGAGGGGGGUGGGCGGCCCGCGCCAUCUCCUCGUGGGACCCCUGUCGUGCCCAGGGGCCCGGCCUGGCGCCAGCCUGCAGUGGCCUGCGGUGACGGCUGCAGGUUGUGCCAGGCGGGCCGGACGAGUGGUCUUUGCAUUCUCUGCCCUGCCCUGCCUGCUCCGGUGGUCCCUGCAGACUACCCCCCUCAACCCCAGCAGGAGCCGGGCGGCUUUGUAGCUGCCCUGCUGGCACGGGGCCUCGGGGGGGACUGUCCAGCAGUAGCAUUAGCCUUCCGGGCUCGGCCCCCCCGAGGGCCUGGGCCCCGGGCCCUUUUCUACACAAACCCACUACUUCUGUCUCUUCCUCUCUGUUCCUUUGUGACCGAGAGCGGAGGCCCCCCCCACCCCCGCCCCCGCGCGUCAGGGGAGGCUCCGGGGGUGGGGGCCUGGCCCCAGCUGUUCCUUCGGUUCUGCUGCCGCUCCUGGCCCCCUGGUCCCAGCGGAAGCCUGCCCCAGUGCCCCCGUCGCCCAUGCCGUCCGCCGCCGGGAACCUCGUCCCCCUGGUGCAGCCCCUGGGCAGGCGCAGAGGGCGGGGACGGGCCGGCGAGAGGGCGCGAGGCUCUGGCCCCCGAGGCCCACCACCGGCACCCACAGAACAAAGCCACGGAUUCCGUUACCCUCCUCCGGUUGCGUUCCUCCUCCAGCCCCGGCUCUGCCAGGGGGCUGGGCUGCGGGGGCCGGGCGGGCGCGGCCAGGCGGCCCCCCCCCUCCCCGAGCGAGCCGGCGCCGGCCCCGCUGCAUCUUACCUCACGGGGUUGUUUCAGGGAUUCUUCAAGGCAGCGGGUCCACAACUUGCCACAUUCGAGAAAUUGACAGAAGCUUCCGUGCUGUACGUGGUUCUCUUUCUCUCUCUUUUUUACUUUUAAGAAGAAAAACCCAGAAAGAUGCAUCCGCUUUGUGUAAAUGAGAGUAUGCCAAGAGCGCGGCCAGUUUUGCUUUAUGAUGUGUUAUGAAGGAAAAUUUGUGACCCUGCUUAUGUACACACACACACACACACACACAUACAUAUAUAUAUAUAUAUAUAUCCCGGACCAGCUACGGGACUUUGUUUAUAUUGCAAAUAAAUAUUAUUUUUUC